UUGGCAUAAAAGCUAAGAACAUAAAUAAUAAACCUAAAUACACUAAAUUGAAAACUACAUACAUAUAUAACACCAAUUUUUGUUUACAUGUAAAAAUCAAUGCUGUGCUGUCUCUGUACUUAAUAAAAUAAAGUUUAAAAUGCGUAAAUACUUAGGAAUAGUACAUAACCAGAACCAACAGACCCUUUGUGUGGUUUUUCAUGCCUAGAUAAUUUAUGAAUUGAGAUCAAUAAUUUAAAUCUUGUGUUUCAUAAUUGAUAUACGAACAUAAGGAGUAAUUCAAGUGACACUGACAUUUAUCCAAAAUCAUGAAAAAGAUUUCACAUAAACUGUCUUUAAAAACAGAACAAUCGAUAUUGUUGCAUGAAUUUCUUGUACUUACGAUACUCUGUUUGAAUUUAAUUAAUUAAAAAAAAAAAGAUAUGCACAGAACGCGAGUUUGCGUUCGUACAGAGUAAAGUUAUUCGCAUGUUAAAUAUUUCUAGUUAAUGUACUUUGUAAAAAGAUUAUCAUACUAACAUAAUGAACUUUGCGAAACAAUAACGAACGGUUUAUCAUUGAACCCUUUUCUGCGCAUGCGCCUCUCAACUGUUUACACUGGAUUCAUGAUCUUCUGAUGAUCCGAUCCGGGAAUGGCUGGGAAGACUGGCAAAAGAGGCAAGGGAAAGAGUUCUAGUUUGAAUUUUAGACCAUUCUUCUUAUAAAUCUCUCUAGUUGCUAUCAUCGCCCUGAUAGACCAAAAACUUCACAUUGGGGUACAAUUUCGUCAGGUUUGAUUCCUUCGGCUGCCUUUGUUGUUGUGCCCCGAACGCCUGGUCCCGACACCCCACCCGGAACAGAUAUUGCUUUGGCCUCUUCCUCUGGAAUUCUAAGUGCAUCACUGCUCGCCAAAGCCAGAGGCAUGUUUCCCACAGCAGCAGACGAUGACCCAUUCAGUGACCCCGAAAGUAGUCUCUAUGACUACCAGGUCAUGGAAGAAGCAGGAUAUUCUUCAGUGGAGUUUGGACAUGCUGGUGGGAGUAGGAAGAGAAUCAGUUACUCGGACAGGGAACCAGUUCCUUUGCCCGGUCCCUCCACUCUCAGAGAGCACACCAUUGAUGAAGAAAUGCCAGGUCAGUUUUACCAUACUUUAGAGAAACAUGAGGACAUUGAUGAUGAAAAUGCAUUGUAUGCUAAGCCUGUGAAGAAAGGAAAAGUACAUAGAACUAGUUCAGGGGAGGAUCCGGCCCUUCAACAGACGGGCCAGAGAGUGCGGGAAGCUUACCGUCAGGUGAUAGAACCAGACUCGGACGAAAUCCAAGAGGAAAUGACAACACAGAAGGUGACAACAGUUACAAUAGAAAAGACUCCUACCCUCAGAUCAAGGAAGCAGUCCACACCUAGAGAUUCAGAGAUACAAGAGGAAACUUUGGUCAAAUCAUCCAAAGAAGGUCACUCUAAUCCAAGGGAGCCAACUGAUGAAGCCGGUGCGAGUCCUUCACCCAGACAGUCGGGCAGGCACUCGGGAUCCAACACCGCCCGCAGUAUAUCAGAGAUACACACUGCCCGCAGUACAGACAAGUUACAGCGGGGGCUGGAGGGACAGAACGCUCUACUCCGCUCCAUUAAUGAGUCGCUGGAGGAAGAGGUCACAACCUUUAGACAGGUCACAUCAGCCCUGGAGAAAGGGGAUCGUGACACAGCUGCUAAUUUGCUGUUGAAGAAACAACUGACAGACAUGAAGGAUGAGAAUGAGACAUUGAAAAAUACUGUACACAGAUUGACUGUGGAGUUCAGUGAUUUCCAGGCCAAACACAGGGUCCUCAAACCUGAGGAAAGAUCGAUUGCUUCAGAAUUACUCGGUUUGCCUAGCAAGGGACCCUGCCCAUCAUGGCUUAUAAAUACAAAGUACCUGUCACCCCUGUUUCUGGCCUAUGAUGACAGAUUGGAGGAGAGAGAAAAGAUCAUCAAGAGAUAUCAGAUGGAAAUUGACAAACUUAAGCUUCAGGCUGAGGACAUUGUGACAGAAAAUCAACAGCUUCAAGAAAAGUUUGAGAGAAUUCAAACAGAAAACCCUGUGGAUAUGAAUGACUGGGAGAAUCUGAAAGAAAAUGCUAGACUGGUUCUUGAAGAGAACCAGAAUUUGUUGGAGCAGAUUGAAGUAAAAGAUCAGAAAGCUCAAGACAUGCAUCAGGCCCACAUGCAAGAAGUGUCCAAGAUCAACAAACAACUAGUGCUACUGAGAGCGGAGAAAGCUGACCAAGACCAAGACCUGGAGGAGAUCAAGAAGCGCUACAAGGAACUGAAGACUAAAUAUGACGCCAUGCUUCUGGAGAACCAGAGCCAGCAGUCCUCGGAGACGUACAUCAACAACAUAGCAGAACUGAAGAGGACUUUUACAGAAAAAGAGGAAAAUUAUCAUCAGGAAAUACAAAAUCUGAAAAUUAAGAUCCAGGCUGUACAAGAUGAGAGGAAAAAUCAGACACUUAAUUUUGUGGAAUUACAAGCUGAAAAUAAGCGAUGCCAAGCUGAGUUGCGAGCCAUGAGAAAAGCCAUCAGGAAAGCCCAGAGUAAGAUCAUCUAUCUACAGAAAGCGAUCGAGCAGUCGGAGUCUAAGGAGCAAAACGUCCAGGAUCAGUUGGCCUCGGUCAUUAAAGUGGCUGAAAAAAAUGCGUAUGAGAGGGAUUCAUUUGCAAAAGCGGUUAGAGAUCGCGAAACAGAAACAAAGAAAGCCAUGAAUAAAAUGCUUCAAAACAGUGUGUCCAAAGGAAAGAUGGAGGAAAAACUAAAGUUGUACAAACUUAAGGCUGCUGCUAAAAUCAACACUGUAGCUGGAAGGCUAAAGGAACAAGAUGAAGUCUUCAUGAACCAGAAAAAGGAGUAUGAGCGGGAAAUCAAUCACCUGCGUCUGCUACUGCAGGAGAAAGAACACAACCUGUACGACAUUGCCACGGAGAAAAGGGAAGUUGAAGAUGAAUUAGAAAUUGUAUGGCAGUCUGCAAAUUCAGAAAAUGACAGAAUGAAAACGGUGCUUAAAAAGACAAUGAAGAAAUUGAGACAGCAUGAGCAGUUAUCUGAGGCAAUGGACCAACAGGAGCCCAAGAAGAUAGUGUACGUGUCGUCAGAUGGGGAGGCCGAUUAAGGAGGGCGGGGCUCAACUGGGACAAAGCAAUAUGAAUUUAUACUCACAAAAAUCUACACAGAAAAAAAACCCAGCUCAAUUUAUGGGAAACAAAAUCCUGAUCCUUGAACACUUGUAGAAGUUUUAUAAGUAAUGAGUAAGGCAGGUAAAAAGUGCUCGCAGUUCAAGAAGUGAGCAGAUUCUCCUGUGGCAGCAUUUUUAUGGAUGUCGGAUUCACCAUUUGUUAGUUCUAUGUGAUAUUUUGUCAUGCUGGAAAAUAAUAUCAUACAUUUUUUUAUGUUUGGUGAAUUCAACAGGAAACUAUGCAAUUGUUAGCACGAUGCCAAAGAAAUAUGAUUUUCAUUUAUGAUAGAAUGAAUGACAUAAAAUAUGGAAGAGCAUCAGCUAUGCAAAUUUUAAAGAUAUUUUUCAUAUAUGACACAGCAAAAUCACUGUAAGAAAUGAUGAAAAAUCUCAAUCCGUCCAUUUAUUUAUUUUGAGUACAGAAUAGCUUACUUUUCAUUUUGAAAAUAAUUAUGUUAGGUACUAUCUGUUUAGCAUGGUUCAGUAUCUACAUGUAGUUGACUGUCAGUGAUGACUUCUAAAGUACAAUAUAUUCAACAUCUGAGACCCACCUGAAAAAUAAUAGAAUUGAAUGACUGAAUGAAGUGAUAUAGCUAGUCAGCAUCAACUUUACUGUAAUCGGUACUACAUCAUUUACAUACCAUGGUUUAUUUAGUAACCAUAAUAAUACGUAGAUUUUAAUGAUAGACAAGAGAUGCUGCAUUUAAUCAAAGUCAGUGGGCAUUUGGCUGUGUGCAAUACACCUAAGUAAAUUUAUUUUUUCAAAACUUUGAAUGGUUAGUGAAAUAAAACAUUUACACAAAUAAGAUCAUGUUCAACUCAUCCCCGGAGAAAAUAUUAAAUUAUCAAAUCAUUGCAUCACAGAUGUCACCAGUCAUGAAAUCGUGUAAUUAUUUUUUGGUUGCUUUGAAUGGGAUGUAGGUUGAUUUUUUAAAUUUUUUGCAGUGAAUUUGACAAAGUGCACACCUUAUGCCCGGUGAUAUAGAUUCUCACAUUUAGCCAUUAUUUAGUCUUUAUUUAGGUCAUUUACAGGUGGACGGUGUAUGUCCUAUGUGAUUUGGUGCUAUAUGUUUGACACGUUGUUUAAGUUUUGUUGUUUAUUUUUCAUCAUUUUCCGUCCAAAGUUUAUAGUCUUAUUUUUGUGCAUUUAAGAUGAUUAUUUAUUUAUUUUAAUAAUUUUAUCUUUGUUAUUUAAUGUAAAAACCUUGCUAGAGCAGUUAUAACCAACCACAUUCUCUUGUUUCGAUUUCGCUCAAGAGAGGGGUUGACUUUAGAAGUGCUCAGUGUCUAAUUACAGUUAGGCCAUUCCAAGUUUUUCUUUUGUUUAGCAUCAACCCAAAAGUCAGAAACCUAUCUUUCUUUCAGAAAAAACAAACAAAAAUCAACAGAAAAACACACACAUUAUUAUUUAGUUUAUUAAUAAAAUCUAUUAUCAUUAUUUGGGUAAUUGCUUAAGACUGUAAUGAAAAUUAGCACAUAAAGAUUGGCUUAAGUAGUAAAACAAAGCAAAUUUAACAUUUUAGUGCAUGUACUUUCAAACUUGAAGAGUACAUGUACAUUAUUUUGUGGUACAUGUUUUGUGGUUUUUGAAUAAUUUUCAUGCUUCAAACCCAAUCUGUUUAUGGGCACUAAACAGAGAAAAAAUUUGAGAUGGCCUUUCAAAUUGUUAAGAUUAAUUCAUAGGUUCAUGUACAUUGUAACGUUCAGUAAUGAAAGAUCUUGAGAAAUAUCAUUUAGUAAGUUUAAUUAACAAUUUCCAAACUGUAGCAGUUAAUGCUUAUUGUGAAAGUAAAUUUCCUAAUUAACCAGUAAUAUAGGUUAUUAUAGUAAUUCUGUAAUGAAAUAUUAAUAUAUUAAUUAAAUAGGAUUUUAUAUAUUUCCAUGCUUUGGUAUAUUUUUGCUUCAAACUAUUUUGAAUGAAUUCUGUAAUACAUUUCCUUGCAUCUUUAAAGUUAUUAAACAAUACAUAUAAAGAUAAA